AUGGGAUUCAAUGAGGAUUGGACAGCCUUGGUCAUGCAGUGUAUUAGCACUGUUAGUUAUUCCAUUUUGCUUAAUGGAAGACCUCAGCCGAGAUUUAAUCCUAUGAGGGGUCGAAGAGAAGGGGACCCUUUAUCCCCGUACCUUUUCAUUCUUUGUUCUGAGGUACUUGGGAAGUUGCUGGACCAAGCCGAGAUGAAGGGUUUUAUCACAGGAUUUCCUUUUGCUAGAGGUAGUUUAUUAGUUAAUCACCUCUUUUUUGCAGAUGAUAGCUUGCUAUUUUGCAAAGCUAAUGCACUAGAAUGGAGUAGGCUCUAUGGUAUUCUCAAAGCUUAUGAAGAUGCUUCUGGCCAGAGGCUUAAUAUGGACAAAACAACUAUUUUCUUUAGUUGCAACACGAGGAGUGAAGCUAAGAAGGCUAUAUUGGCAGCUACAGGUCUGGUGGAGGCAAAGUCCUUUGAGAAAUAUCUAGGCCUCCCAGCCUAUGUGGGAAAACAGAAAAUGAAUGCCUUUAAACCUAUCUUGGAUAGUAUAAGGGCAAAAAUGCAAGGCUGGACAGUGAGGUUCUUAUCUCAGGCUGGCAAGGAGGUUUUGUUGAAAUCUAUUGUGCAAGCUAUUCCAACUUACUGUAUGAGUAUAUUUAAACUUCCCAAAACAAUCUUGACUGCUAUUAAUUCCUUAAUGCAGAAAUUCUGGUGGGGGAUGAAAGGGGACAGAUCAAAAGUAAAAUGGAUUCCUUGGAAGACUCUAGGAAUAUCUAAAGAUGAUGGAGGACUAGGCUACAGGGACUUUGAGAAGUUCAAUGUUGCUCUUCUAGCAAAACAAGGGUGGAGGCUCAUGACACAUCCAGACUCUUUAGCUUCUCGAGUUUUGAAGGCAAAAUACUUCCAUAGAGCUGAGUUUAUGAAGGCAAAGGUGGGCAGUAAUCCUUCUUAUUUAUGGAGGAGCUUCAUUACAGGUAGAGAGGUUUUAAAGGAAGGAAUUUUCUGGUGCAUUGGCAAUGGGAACUCUGUUAGAUUAUGGCAUGACAGAUGGAUUCCAAGACCUACUUCAUAUACAGUCCAAUCUUUAAGGAAGGUCCUGGAUGACAACUCUAAAGUUAGUUGUCUAAUUGACCAGCAAGGAGGAGGUUGGAAAUUGUCUCUAUUGCAGGAAGUGUUUGAUCCAGAGGAGGCUGCAAUCAUAAGUCGAAUUCCCCUGAGCAUUACUAAUGCAAGUGAUGUAUUGACUUGGCGAUGCACUAAUGAUGGGAAAUUUUCUGUUAGAAGUGCCUAUCAUUUAUUAGGCACGAUGGAUACAAUUGAUCAGGUUCAAGAUGUAUGGGGAGUGAGUCUCAGGAAAUUGCAAAAAGGAGUAGUAAUGGAAAACAGUUUUAAGGAGCUGUGGACUCUCUUAAUUGCAGAUCUAGAAAGUGAGGAGCUUGAAGAGUUUGCUGCAACAGUUUAUCAGAUUUGGAAGAGGCGAAAUAGCUUAGUUUUUGAAAACAGGUUUUGGGAUCCAGGGAAGGUAGUUGAGGUAGCCAGGUCUGCUGUGUCAGAAUUCAAGGAAGCUAAUGCAACCAUUGAAGGUGUUCAGGCAGAAAGUAGACACAGUGCACCUAUAUGGAGUCCUCCACCAAUAAAUACUUUCAAAGCCAACUGGGAUGCGGCUGUUGAUAGAAGAAAAAGCAAGAUAGGUGCAGGUGUUGUGAUCAGGGACUGGGAGGGCAAAAUAGUGGCUUCACUGAGUUCACCAAAAAAUUUUUUUCCUGAUGCUCAUCUAGUAGAAUCUUAUAGAGUACUGAAGGCAGUUAUUCUGUGUCAACAACUGGGCAUUAAACAGGUUAUAUUCAAGGGUGAUGCAAAAUAG